CGCAAUCGGCCAGAUUUAUUGACGACGCUGAUCGCCGAUAAGAUGAUGAGGUGUCAUUAGGUGUUAAAUACGGGCCCACAAUUUCGGCAGCGCCACAAACAUGUCGGUGAAUACAGUUUUCGUUUUGCUGGCUCUGGCUAUCAGCCAGGUGCUGGCGGUGCCGCUGGCGGAGGUGCCGGCGGUCUACCCCAGCGGGUUCGAGACGCCCGAGGGUAGCGGGUCCCGCAUCGUGUCGGGGUGGGACGCGCAGCCGGGCCAGCACCCGCACCAGGUGUCGCUGCGCAUGAUCAGCGCCCUGGGCCUCGCCACCGGCUGCGGAGGCUCCGUCGUGCACCGCUCCUGGGUGGUGACCGCCGCGCACUGCACCGCCGGCCAGCUCACCGUCAUCGUCCGCUCCGGCCUCGUCAACAUCAACAACCCCGAGGACGUGCAGGAGGCGCAGGAGACCUACAACUACCCCACCUUUAACGUCAACACGCCGCUCGUCACGCAGACCAACGACAUUGCCCUGAUCAAGCUCCAGCAGCCCCUCGUGUACUCCAGCAACCUCCGCAGCAUCCGCAUUCAGCCGUCCGCGGACGCCUACAGGGACUACAACGCGGUCGUCCUCUACGCCAGCGGCUUCGGCAGGACAUGGACUCUUGGUGCUACAUCGGACCACCUCCAGUGGGUGUUCCUGCGCGGCGUGUCCAACCCGUCGUGCGCGCAGCUGUUCGGCACCGCCCUGAUCACACAGAACACGAUCUGCGCCACCUUCUACAACGAGACGUCGCAGUCCAUCUGCCAGGGCGACAGCGGCGGCCCGCUCGUUAACGUAGAGGCGGACGGCACGCCCACCCUCGUCGGAGUCACAUCCUUCGUGGCCGGCGGAGACUUCGGAUGCCACUCCGGAAUUCCUGGUGGUUUCAUCCGUCCCGGACCAUUCCACUCCUGGUUCACCCAGGUUACUGGCAUCGACUUCAACAAUCUGGUGGAGGAGGAGGAGGUCAAACCGACCACCACUGCCGUCCCCGAGACGACCGUGUACCUCACCACUACCGAAGAAUCUGAGAACCCCGAGACCACUGUUGUGACCACGACCUCCGCACCCGACACCACCGUCACUGUGACAACCCCCUCUACUCUUUCUACGACCACUACCUCUUCUCCCUCCACGACCACUACCACUACUCCAGAGGAGGAGGAGGAGUCAGAGGAAAUCGAUGACCCCGAAAUUGCUGACCUUCUGAAGAGACUGGAGGUCAAAGUUAAAGUUAAGGUCAGGUUGAGCAAGUACUUGAAGAAGAAGAUAAAUUAA